AUGAGAGGGAUUGGGUUUAAUCCCAAUUUCAACCCUUCUUUGCUAUGUACCACUGAGUCCUGGGGCAGAGCUUUAGCUAAAAUUGUUCUGACCUUCAUUGGUUUCUUUCUUUGGGGAGCUUCUCUGCCGUUGCUAUUUGGAGGAAUGUUUGUGAUCCUUACCUACAAAAGCUAUCAAGCUUUCUUUCCAAAUCAGUUUUUCCUUCUGCCAGGCUGGCUGGCUAUCCUGGCUGCUGGUUUCCUUUUCCCAGCUGGGUCAUUGGCAAUGUACAUCCCUGUGAGAAAUUCUCGUUAUCAUCAAGGGACUCUAAUGUAUUUGCUGCUGGUCCUGUUCUGCCUGGAAGCCUCCUCGGCUGCUAUGACCCAAGUCUACUCUGCCAAAGCAGGCUACCAGUUGAAAAGCAGCCUGGGUCAGUUUUUUCACCAAUACAACUGGAGUUUUCGCAGUCAUUGCAGCACUGAGAUUGUUGAUUCCAUCCACAAGCAACUGAAGUGUUGCGGGAUCUACAAUUACACUGAUUGGAUAGGAGCGCUCCCGAAGUAUCUCCAAAGUGGACGUGUCUUUGUCCCAGAAAGCUGCUGUAAAGAGACUUACUUGGACUGCAGCGGUGAUCUAAACCAGUCAGAGAAACUCUUCAAGGAAGGCUGCCUUAUGAAACUAGAAAAAAGGCUGCAUUUUAUCACAUACUACAUGGCUUGGUGUUGUGUGGUCGCCAUUUGCCUGGAAAUGUUAGCUGCUAUCAGCAAUGGAGUGCUGAUGAAGGCACCCCUCUUCCAAGACUUCCACAUUCUGGAUUCUUCUGCUUUUUCAUAA